GGUCAGUUGUAGCCCAUUCAAAUAUCUCUUCCCUUCUCUUCUCUUCUCUUCUCUUCUAACCGUUUCCGCCUCUCCUUCCUUCUCCUAUACAAACACCCACAACUCUCAUACCUCAUGUAGACCCAUUCUGCUCAAAAUGGGAGCCCAGACCACUUCAAUUGGCGGCCCUCUCGUGCCUACCGUCAAAUCAGAGCCGGUGGAUUCCUCCGCCGGUGCGCCGGCGCCGUCGCCGUCGCCGCCGCACUCGGAGAUGGAGCACGACUCUGAUAAGGACAUCCUCUGCCCUAUUUGCAUGCAGAUCAUCAAGGACGCUUUCCUCACUGCCUGUGGCCAUAGCUUUUGCUACAUGUGUAUCGUCACUCAUCUUCAGAACAAGAGUGAUUGCCCCUGCUGCUCUCAUUUCCUCACUGCUAAUCACCUCUACCCUAAUUUCCUCCUCAACAAGUUAUUGAUGAAGACUUCUGCUCGUCAAACAGCUAAAACUGCUACUCCUUUGGAACAACUUCGCCAGGCACUCGAACGGGCCAGUUAUUUGCUGAAAGAGUUAUUUCUAAUAGCAAUGUGUUUUUACAGCAUGGUAGUGUGUCUGUCUAAGCACACAAAAUCUACUAUUGGAGCUAAUAAUUACCAUUUGGGAUGUGAAGCUUCAGUGAAGGAUCUCGAGAGCCUCAUGUCUCUUCUUUCAGAGAAAAAAAGUAAAAUGGAGCAAGAAGAAGCCGAAACAAAUCUACAGAUCCUGCUUGAUUUUAUGCUUUGUCUGAGAAAGAAGAAGCUUGAUGAGCUCAAUGAGGUACAAUCUGACCUAAAGUAUAUUAAAGAAGAUAUUCAUGCAGUGGAGAGACGCCGAAUAGAGUUAUACCGUCGAAGGGAUAGAUAUUCAGCUAAACUAAGAAUGCUUGGUGAUGAUCCUUUUUCCAAAUCAGCAUGGCCGUCGGUGGUUGAAAAACAUGGUGGUGCUACAGCCAGCAGACCUUCUCUCACACCUGGCCAAUCCCGCCUGACGUCAGGUGAUCUUCAUAACAAGAAAGCUGAUGUGAGAUCUUCUGCUAGUCAUUUGGUACUAGGGAAGGAUAGUUAUGGUGGGUCAGACAUCCAGAAUCCUUCUCAAUCAGGACAGGCAUUAGCAAGGAAGAAAAGGGUUCAUGCUCAGUUCAAUGACCUGCAAGAUUGUUACUUGCAAAAAAGGCGGUAUUGGGCGAAACAAAUGCCAGAGCAGCAAGGACGUGACUCACUGAGUUCAAAGAGAGAAGUAUACUCUGUAGGUCUUGAGGAUUUUCAGUCUGUUCUAUCAACUUUCACAAGAUACAGUCGGUUGCGGGUUGUUGCCGAACUCAGACAUGGAGAUCUUUUUCACGCGGCUAACAUUGUAUCAAGCAUAGAAUUUGAUCGAGAUGAUGAAUUAUUUGCUACGGCUGGAGUAUCACGACAGAUCAAGAUUUUUGAGUUUUCAUCAGUGGUUAAUGAACCAGCCGACUCUCAAUGUCCUGUAGCAGAAAUGUCUACUAGAGCGAAGCUAAGCUGUUUAAGCUGGAACAAGUAUGCAAAAAAUCAUAUUGCCAGCAGCGACUAUGAAGGCAUAGUAACUGUUUGGGAUGUGACUACUAGACAGAGUGUGAUGGAGUAUGAGGAGCAUGAGAAACGUGCCUGGAGUGUAGAUUUUUCAUGCACAGAUCCUUCAAUGCUUGUAUCUGGUAGUGAUGAUUGCAAGGUCAAAGUAUGGUGUACAAACCAGGAGGCGAGUGUCCUAAACAUUGACAUGAAGGCAAAUAUAUGUUCAGUCAAAUAUAACCCUGGAUCCAGCAUCCAUGUCGCUGUUGGCUCCGCAGAUCAUCACAUUCAUUACUAUGACUUAAGAAAAGUUAGCCAGCCACUGUAUAUAUUCAGCGGACACAGGAAGGCUGUGUCAUAUGUGAAAUUUCUGUCCAGUGAUGAGCUUGCUUCUGCUUCAACAGACAGUACUUUGCGCCUAUGGGAUGUUAAGGAAAAUGUUCCUCUGCGCACUUUUAGAGGCCAUGCAAAUGAGAAGAACUUUGUGGGGCUAACAGCAAACAGCGAAUACAUAGCAUGUGGCAGCGAAACAAAUGAAGCAUUCGUCUAUCACAAGGCAAUAUCUAAGCCGGCAGCAUGGCAUAAAUUCAAUAAUUCUGAAACAGAAGAAGGCGAAGAAGAUGCGGGGUCCUACUUCAUAAGUGCUGUGUGCUGGAAAAGUGAUAGCCCAACUAUGGUUACAGCAAACAGCCAAGGGACUAUAAAAGUCCUCGUUCUCGCUCCCUGAAACUGCAAGCAUAUGAAAGAAGAAGUGCAGGGCGAAGUUCUUUACUAACUCUUUCUGUUGUUGGUGUUGUGGUAUCAUGGGUAAGUUUAUUAUUUGCUUGUAAAUGAAAAUCAUAUUCUUUUUGGGAGAUGUGUUUUCAUAAGCAGAAGUAGUAGUUUGGUUUGUUUUUUUUUUAUGUUAUUCGAUUUUGUUUUUAGAUUAGCCUCUGUUUAUAUAAAAUGUUUAGAGAUAAGCUUCCUUGCUGUGUAGAAUUACAGUUCAGCUCUAAAGAUAUGAAGCUCUUCGUGUUUUCAUUUUA